AUGAGUUCAGCACAAAAAGCUGACAAGACAGCUCAAGCAGCUGAUAUUGCCAACGCUCAUAGAACUGGUCAGGAGACAUCAGACAAUGAUCCACGCAAGAAAGCGGAUGGAGAAAAUCAAGGUUGGCUUUCAGGCGAUCAAUUUACAAUUGCCGAAACUCCUGUUGCUCAUAUAAAUGCAACAGCUGGAACCAAAGAAUAA